CUAUAAAGUGGUUGUUUGUCUGAAACUUAACAACAGUCCUUUUUAAUUAAUGGUUAUUGUUAAUUAUUGUUAAUUGAAACUGUCGUUGACCAUUGGUAGAUCCUGACUUAGUCAAUGUUCUGCCAGUUCUCAGGUCUUCUUCUUUGCACACACAGAUUUACAUUGUUUACAUCUGCAGACCAUCUGGUGAUGUCAUAUCCUGUUAAGGUGGAAACUAAAGUCCAAAUGACUCUCACUGCAGUAAAGGCGGCCUGACUGUAGUCUGGGAAAUUUCUGAGCUUGUGAGACUGACUGAAUAAUUCUCAGCAAGAUCAUGGAAGUCAGAGAGUCACCCGAGGGGUGUUCCCUGUCUUCUGAUCUGGGAAUAACAGGAGAGAUUUCCUGGAAAGCGAGCAGCAUAUAUGAAGGUGAAGGGUCACACUCAGCCAAGGAGUGGUUCAGUGUUGUUUCUGAGCUGACACAGAGGAUAAAUCAAGAGAAGACAUUAACUUCAGACCAUGGACUGAAGACCAGUAGCGUGGUCAGUGGACACAUACCUUCGCAGGAAUCUACUGAGGAUGAGGCGCCCUCUACAGUCAGUCUUCAAGAAGAGUCAGAAAGCACAGCACCGGUCUUCUUCCCAGAAUCUGCAGCCACAGAAGCAGAAGUGGUUUACGAUGAUGUUCCCACUGAAAUGAUACAGAAGACGGAGAACUAUGUGGAUGAUGUCUACGAGGACAUCCAGAGACCUGGAGUCCACGUCUCUCACAGCUGGAACUCCAGUGACUUUGACAGUAAUGAAGAGACUUUCGACAGUGAGUCGGACCAACGACCUCGUAGCAGCAGAAUCAAGCUGCCUGUGGAUGUGCUGCAGUUGAAUCGGUCGGGGCAUUUAAGGACACCACAUGUGGUCCGUAUCAGACGGCGCUGUGACAACAAGGUGCAUCAGAUAAUGAAAGCUGCAAGAAUCAGUACAAGGGAUGGUUUAGAGAAGACAAAGUUGGCCAUGAUUCGCAGUGUGUCGUCACUACAGAGGAAAGACUCGGGUGAAGGAAAGGAUGAUUCAGGUUACAUCGACGUAUCGCUGUGUGAGAUCAAACACCCUCCGGCGAAACUUUGCCCAAUGCCAGAGGGUCUCAGCAGUCAGCAGGUUCUCAGACGUCUCAUCCUCAGCUCCAUUAUACAAAGUGAGCGGAACUACCUUGACUCUCUGAAGAGGAUUCUACAGGAGUAUCAGAAGCCAUUACUGGAGUCAAAGAACUGCAUCCUGAACACCAAAAAAGUGCAGCAGAUCUUCUACAGGGUGCAGGAGAUCCAUCAGUGUCACUCCAUGUUCCAGAUUGCUCUGGCUUCUCGCAUGGCUGAGUGGGAUCAUUGUGAAAAGAUCGGAGACCUGUUCGUGGCUUCGUUUUCUAAGUCCAUGGUGCUAAAUGUCUACAGCGACUAUAUCAACAACUUCACUAACUCCAUGGCACUGAUUAAGAAAGCCUGCAUGACUAAACCUGCCUUCCUGGAAUUUCUCAAGAAGACACAGGCGUCCAGUCCAGACAGAGUCACCCUGUACGGCCUCAUGGUCAAACCCAUCCAACGAUUCCCUCAGUUCAUUCUCCUCCUGCAGGACAUGCUGAAGAACACUCCAGAUUCCCAUGCUGACCGUUUGCCCCUGCAGCUGGCUCUCUCUGAGCUGGAGACUCUGGCUGAGAAGCUCAAUGAGCAGAAACGUGUGGCAGAUCAGGAGGCGGAGCUGCAGCAGCUGGCUCACAGUGUGGCAGGAGGCAAAUUUCACAAAGUCAUUACACAAGUCAGUGUGUUAGUCGGCAUAAAGUUAUAUGACAGUGUUAUGGUUUGGGGUUUCUUUUCUGUCAUUAAAUACAAACAGCAGAGCCACUCCUGUGUACUGUAUUUACAGAUGCUGAACUCAGAGAGCAGACAGUUGGUCCACUCUGAGGUUCUGACUGAAACUGUUUACGGUGAUAAAGGACAAGUUCUCAAGUCCAAGGAGCGAAAGGUUUUUCUCCUCAACGACAGCCUGAUCUGCACCAACAUCGUCCGCAACAGGGGUCCUCCUGACAUCAGCAGUCCAAUCCCUGUUGGACCCAGAUACACAGUGAAGUGGUGUGUCCCACUGUUGGAGACAAAGGUAGUGGAGGUGGGACAGGACAGUCUUCAUGACAGAGACACUGAAGUGAGACACUACAGCGCCACCUGCAGCACCAGUGAAAACACGUUUCUGGGUUCUCCCAAACUGUACCAGGAACUGGAGGAGCUGCAGCAUGACCUGGACGUGGUGGAGAGGGUCUGUCUGAUGGUGGGCACGCUAAAUGGUACCUACCAGAACCUGAACACCACCGUGUCUCAGGACUGGUGUCUGGCUCUGCAGAGGCUCAUCCGUCUGAAGGAGGAGGAGAUCCAGAACGCCAACAAGUCCCGUCUGCGUCUGUCUAUACCUGGGAAACCUGACAGGUCUGGUCAUCCAGUCAGCAUCAAGGUGGUCUUCAACACUACUAGUUCUCUCAGUAAGAUCGUCUGGGUCAACAGGCUCCACCUGGCCAAGAUAGCUCAGAGACCAGAAAACAAACCAUGCUGGAAAAGUGCUGAAGAAAAUGAGAAGAAGAAAGUUCCGUUUGGUUUUCCUCUGAUGACCUGCAGACUGGCUGGCUUCUCCUCCCGGACCUACAGGAGAAAGUUGAAUGCAGCUCUUCACAGUCCGUCCCGGUCCAGUUUGCUUGGUUUCUGUACUGUUACUACAACCUUACCACAAGGUUACCUAUGGGUGGCUGGUGGAGGAGCCACCUACAGCCAACUGGAGAUCUUCUCCUUAAACAGAGUCAACCCACGAUUGGUUAAGACCAUUACACUUAAGAGCCCAGUCUUGUGUAUGGAAUAUGUGAAGGAGCCAUAUCCCUUCACAGAGGAAGAGCCUGAGAAGAACCACGGUCUGACCAAGAAUGGAAACAUCAUCUGUGCUGGUCUGCAGGACGGCAGCAUCAAAGUGUACAGCAGCCUGGACACAUCUGUUGAAUGCCAACAAACCUUGGUGAACCCUGACAGUUCUCCAGUCAUCAGCCUUAAACAUCUGCACUCUCUGCUAUUUGCUGGAUUGUUUAAUGGGAAUGUAGCUGUGUACCAGAGAAAACCUGGAGGACUCUGGGACCUGGAGCCGCACAGACUCAUGUCUCUGGGCUCUGCUCCAGUCUCCAGUCUGCUGUCCCUAAAAAAUACUGUGUGGGCCAGCUGUGCUAACCAAGUCACUGUAAUCCACUGUUCCAGUCUGCACAUACAGUGUUUCAAUGCCCACACUGAUCCCAGCUGCAGUGUCAGCAACAUGGUUGGAUUAGGUGGAGGAGUUUGGAUGGGCUUCACCCAGAGCUCAUCCAUCCACCUGUUCCACAGAGAGACUUUGGAACUGCUGCAAGAAGUCAACAUUUACACACACAUCGUCCACCCUACCUCUGAUCAAGUUUAUGUCUCCAGUUUGCUGAUCUGCAGUGGUCUGCUGUGGGUUGGUACCAGUGAAGGUGACAUCAUCACCUUCCCUGUGUCCACACUGGAGGGAAUCCCUAAGAUCAGAGGUAAAGGAAUGAUGUCUCUGAAUGCUCACUGUGGUCCGGUGGACUUCCUGGUCUCAGCCUCCAGUUCACUCAUCUCUGACCUCAACAGACUGGACUCCACCCUAGACGGUCGUAAGGAAGCUGUGAACAGAGAAGAGAAGGAUGGAGGGGAAGUUACAGGUCGUGUGGAAGGAGAUGGGGGAGAACUGAGUUUGAAGAAAAAUGUUUACUCCAAGGAAUCAGAAGAUUCUCCCCUCAAAGAGCAGAAGCCCGGGCAGCUCCUGCUGCAGUACAGUCUCCUCUCCACCUGCCAACUGCCUGGGAAGCUGCUGACGGCAGCAGCAGAACAGGACUUCUCCACCAGAGCGGCUCCACCUGUGGCACAGCAACACAACCAGGAGGACAGCUCCAUCUACGAAGUGUGUGAAGACCCCGGUGUGUGGGUGAGGGGGCGAUCUGUGAAGGGGGGACAAGAGGGAGAAGUCAGACAGAACAGAGUCACCUCCACAGCCAUCUUCUCUGGGGGCAGAGGUUAUCGCAGGGUCGGAGGGACGCACUCUGAACCCACUAAUCCAGACUCCAUUGAAAACACACUGAUGGUGUGGCAGCUCCCUUUGACCCUCAGUCAGUGACCACAGACUGUGAGGCUACAUUUAGUCACGUGUUUCAAUUAUUAGUGUUUGCAGUAUUAUGUUUAUGUUUAUAUCAAGAUAUUACAGUAUCAGCUCUUUCAGAUUCUAUAACCGAGUACGAAAAGUAAUUAAUAUUUGUUGUUGGUUUUUAUUUAACACAGCAAAUAGUUAAAAAGUUGAACAUUUUGUUUACUCAUAUGUAGAAUAAUAAACAUAGUGGGUUUUUCUUUUCAAAAUGAACAGAAGCAUGGUCAUGUUUAAUGUUAAAAAAACAAAU